AUGCGCAUUUUCUCCGCCUUGAACGGCCUGCUCCUGGCAGGAGCCGCUGCGGCUCAGAGCUGCUCUCUUCAGUCAAACGAAUCCCAAGCCGUUGACUAUGGCUACGCGCUCUCUUACUUCCUCGACCGCUUCUAUUCGUCGGUCCCGGUCAAUCAGACCUUCUUGAGCAGCUCCCAGAAUGGCUCCAACUCGCAGUACUUCACCAACUUCCAGGGUAUUCAGAGACAGAACCGUCUGGGUGUGCGUGCUGUGCAACAACUUGGCUCGAAGCUGUCUGGCUGGACCCCUCAGAAUUGCAGUUUCACCUUCCCAAGUGCCAGUGACGCCGACUCCUUCGUGCAGAACGCGCUCCAGUUGGAGUCAACAGUUGCUGGAGCGUACAUUGCCCUGGCUGGUUAUACCCAGGCCCCCGAGGCUUCGUUCUUGUGGGCUCGUUUGGCCGCUGAGCACACUGCUCACGCUUACUAUAUCGCGAGCCAGAACCAGACCGUUCUCUUCCCGACGAACAGCUCUUCGCUGGUGCCUGCAUACAGCCCGGGAUACGUUCUUUCCAACGGUACUGGUCCCGGCCAGCUUGGCUCAUACUUCCAAGGCUGCGUCACUGCUCCUCCAGUUCCGUGCGGCCAGACCCUGUUCAUCGGACCUCUUACUGCCACACUCGGUGCGAACGUCUCCGCAAGCGCAGCUGCUUCAAGCUCGGCCUCGCUGUCUGCAUCCGCCACUCCUUCGCCCAGCUUUGCGAGGAGGUUCUUCUAG